AUGCUUCGUAGGAGGUUUGAAUGGCAAGGAAAACUCGAGGACGUUGAACAAGCCAUUAUGAUGUAUAGCGCCGCCACCUCCAGCUGUCCUCCAGAUAGCCCAUAUCGUCACAACCUCCUCAACAAUUACGCUCUCGCAGUUCUCAUGAUUCUCAUGAAUGCUGGACUCGCCUUGCGGUAUUCAUUCGAGCGCAACGGGGACCUGCAGAACUUAAACACAGCAAUAAUAUAUUAUAGCAUUGCCCUGACAACUUGCCCUGAUAAUCACCCGACACGAUCUUCCCUCCUCGCCAACUACGCGAGUGAUCUCUAUAUCAAUGACCUCGAAUAUUCAAUCGAGCUCUAUACCAACUCCUUAGCCAAUCAGUCUCCCACGCAUGCAUAUCGCUUCUCCUCUCUCCGUGGUCUUGCGACUGCUCUGAUGAGUCGCUUCAAUGUUUACGGCGUUCCCGAGGAUCUUGAUCUCGCCAUAAUACACAUAGCAUCUUCCAUGGCUCUGUGUGGACCCUCGCACCCAGCACAUAUAACUGUGAUUAUGACGCGUGGAGAUAUAGCUGAUCUCGAUGCUGCUGUCGAGCACUCUGAGGCAGCCAUACAUUUCUGCCCGAGGGAGAGUCCUAACUACUUUCCCCUAUUAAAUCAUGUCAACAACGCCUUACAAGACGUUCGAGAUCUGGAGAGGAUAAUUGACUACUGCGACUCAGCUCUCAGAGAUGUCCCACAUCACAACAUCUCCAAUCGACUCUUUGCCAUGGAUCGUGCAGAUGCUCUCCUACAGCGAUAUUUCCAUGAAGGGGGCAUGAACGCCCUAGAUCACGUCAUUUCAUUUUACCGGGACAUAAUGCAAGAUUUAUCUAGAGAUCAUCAAGCCUUUUCCCGUGCCCUCAUUCAACUAGCAUCUGCACUUCAAGCUCGCUUUGAGCAGAACGGGAACGUAGAUGAUCUUGAUUGCGCAGUGUGCCUUCCUGGUCAUGAUGACCACUCUGCUGCUUUUUCGGGUCUCGGAAACGCUCUCCUGCUGCGAUAUCAAAUCUUUGUUCACCUAGCUCAUGUUGUCGAAGCCCGUGCUUUGGCUACCUACCAUCCAGACUAUCCUAAAGAUCUUACCAAUUUUGCAUAUGCCCUCUUCGCCCGCUUCCAAAACCAACACGACAUCACUGAUGUGGACCUUGCAGUGAAUUACCUACAGGCAGCUCGGGAUCAUCCCAACCAAUCAGAGGGACGGCAAAUUUUGACUCACCUUGCCACUGCACUUUCUGCUCGUUAUGAUGAACGCGAAGACAUCGAUGAUUUGCAAGAAAGUAUCAAGCUGUUUGAAACAGCGCUUCCUAUGUUUGUCCCCAAUAACCCCCAUGCGCUUCACCUCCGCCGAAACCUUGCUCGUUCUUUGCAGAAGAUGUAUGCAAAACGACAGACGAUCGAAGAUCUGAAUGCUGCGAUUGCCCAUUUUGAGGCAUAUGCAUUCCAGUAUCACCAGCUGGCUUCUAGCGCACCUGGAGUCCACACAUGGGAUCAUCUUACUGCGGCUUUGCGUUGGAGAACGGACGCCAAUGUUUUCCAUCAUACGUCAGCUCUGGAAGCAUACAAAACUUCUAUAAAGCUGCUCGAUCGUCAUGUUAUGGCUACUCCUACGGUUUCUGGGCGCUACAAAGCUUUGCUAGGAGGCAUAUUACGUGAUACGCCAUCACUCGCUGCAGAUGCUACUGCCUGCGCGAUCAGCGCGGGCGAUCUCGAGCUGGCAGUCGAACUCUCAGAACAAGGCAGAGGCCUUCUUUGGUCGCAGAUGUCUCGCUUUCGAGCCACCAUUAAUGAUCUGCGAGCCGUUGAUGACGAGGGGUGUCGGCUUGCAGAUGAAUUCGAGUUCCUCAGCGCUGAGCUUGGGAGGAGACAGUCUGACUCCUCAGGUAUUAAGACUGCCACUGAAACACUGAGACGAACACAGCAGGAGGAAGAGGCGCGUCGAUAUCGCCAGGUCUCUUCUCAAUGGGAUGCUGUAGUGAGCAAAAUACGGCAAAAGCAAGGAUUUACGCAUUUCUUGAUCCCAAUGCCCUACAACGAGCUGAGGGCAGCUGCGAUUGCCGGCCCCGUCGUCAUCAUCAAUGCAAGCAUAAAGCGAUGCGAUGCAAUCAUCAUUACCAAAAUCGGGCCUCCUCGACUCGUUCCACUUCCUGAUGCCUCGUUAAUGGGCAUUGCUACCUUGUCUGAUGACUUCCGCAAUGUCUUGCGGAAUACUGCAGGAGUUGGAGAAGAGAAGAUGAGAGAAAAGCAACUUAUACCUGUCUUCCGCAGGCUUUGGGAUGCUGCGUUGGCUCCCGUUGUUGAGGUACUUUUGACCAUCUUGCCGAAGGGCUCUCGUGUUUGGUGGUGCCCAACUUCGAAACUCACUUCGCUGCCCAUUCAUGCUGCUGGACCAUACCGCAAGGGAGCCAGCAACAUACCUAACGUCUAUGUUUCAUCAUACACACCAACCCUUUCUGCCUUAAUACGCUCAAGGCGGCAAAAUGCAUCUAAGGUCGCGCCGAAUACUCCGUCCUUUGUUUCCAUUGGUCAAUCAAAACCGAAUUCCAGGAGUGGAGAAAGGGAGUUGGAAGCGGUAGAAGCAGAGCUUGAGCUUGUCAAAUCCCUUGUACCGCCAUCAAUGUCAUGCUCGGAGGUCUCCGGGGACGAAGGAACCGUUAGCGGGGCGAUCCAAGCCUUAAAAAACCAAUUCAUGGAUCUUGUUCAGCCGUUCGAUUCAUCUUUUGCUCUCCGCGACAAGCCAUUGCGGCUUUCAGACAUCAUUCAAGCCGAACCAGAAAACCCGGAGUUUGCUUUCCUGUCUGCAUGCCAUACCGCGGUUGGUGACAAGAACGCACCUGAUGAAGUCAUCCAUCUCGCCGCAGGGAUGCAGUUUUCUGGUUUCAGAGGUGUCAUCGGCACAAUGUGGGCGGUGGAUGAUACCACUGCCCACCUCAUGGUGAAAGAAUUCUAUGGCGCGAUGUUUAGCGGUAAAAUCGACUGCACGAACGCGGCUAGGGCUCUGAAUAAGGCUUCCAAAGCCGUCGACAAGGAUAAAGUACCAAUGGAUCAGAGAGUCGUAUUCAUUCACAUUGGAGCAUAG